GGAGCCAGAGGAUAAGCGCUGUGAGUCUGUCGCGCUCUAUACAGUCCAUAGUUGCGUUCCCGAGUGAAGUGCACUGAUGGAGUGCGAGCGGCUUUAUUACAGAACACCGGGCGCGCGCACUCACUUUAAUUUCAAAGGGUGAAGGUGACGUCACCGCAGGUCCAACGAAGUCUAGAAAGGAGAGCGCAACAUUUCCCAGUCUUCAUUCUUCCGCGAGAGGUCAAGUGUGGAUUAGGAUGGUCAUCAGAGUGUACAUCGCCUCCUCGUCCGGGUCUGUCGCGCUGAAGAAACAUCAGCAGGCCAUCGUGGGCUUUCUGGAGGCCAACCGGAUCAGUUUUGAGGAGGUUGACAUCACCAUGCUGGAGGAUCAGAGGCUCUGGAUGUACCGGAACAUUCCUGAAGAGAAACGACCUGAAAAAGGCAAUCCUCUCCCCCCUCAGAUCUUCAAUGGAGAAGACUACUGCGGCGAUUAUGAAGAUUUCUUCCAGUCUAAAGAGAUGAACACAGUGUUCUCAUUCCUCCGUCUGUCCCCUGUAAAGCUAAUUUAUAUUAGAUGAUAAAACCUGUUUUCAGAAAAUAUAUUGACUCUGAAUCGUAGAUCGUGCUGUUGACAUUGAUGUAACUCUCGUCCUCUACUCUGAAGCCCUCACUGCCAGCAAUGCUUUCUGCCAAACACAGGCUGCCCUCCGGCCCAGCUUUUCCGAAGAAACAUCUUCUCAUUCAAACACACACGUACACAGGGUGAUUACAUAUGUUUUCUAUGGCUAAUUAAUUAUUUAUGUGCAUUGCUGUUUUGUUUCAUUUGUUGUACACGUGUUGCAUGAAAAGCCUAUUCUGCUUUUUUAAACAUGAUACAGGGAUAGAAAGUGAACUUAUACCUGUGUGUGUGUUUUGUGUGCAUAAGACUUACAUUGUUAAUCUACACAAAGAGAAUAAUAAGUAUGCAAGUCUCUUGUAAGUCGUUCUUUGUUAAGGAGCUCAGACGGACGGCCAAAAGGAACUGUUGGGAAACAGCAGAAGAAUUUGGUAUAAUGUUGUCCUGUCCGCAGGCUUUGAUCUAUUUGUAAAAAGAAGUUCACACCAAAAACAGCCUCAAAACAGGAAAUAGAAUCCUGACCUGAAUUAAUAUCUCAGCAUAACAGAGCUGAUCUAAGCUUAGUGUUUCCACGACACAUAAUGGCUCUUCAAAGCUUUUCAGAGUGUUAAACUGGUCCUGAAUCAGUUUUCGAACACCUUAUGCUUUAUUAGUAGAAUUUCAGAUCUCACUCCUACAUCCUUUUCUCAUUCCUUCUGCUGGAAAACAUGCUAAAGAACUCAUAUCUUGUUUUUUUCUCUUUAUUUUUCUGUUAAAAUGUGUUUUUCUUCUCAGGGGUAUGGUAGCAUGUAGCAUGUAUCACACUGUGAUGCCUUGACUCCCAGCUCACCCAUUUAUGUAGCUCAUAUAGUGACUUAUACAAAGCAGGGGAGAAUAGUUGGUUUACUCACAGUGUCGGUUGUGUGGAACAUGUUUUAUAUUAACACAGUCUACUCUCUUUUUUCUUAUGACAAUCUACUGCCAUUCUCCCCCAAAACCACCUUAAACAAAACAGACUCACUCCCAAACAUACUUUCAUUACAUUUUCCAUUUACUAUUCAUUUAGAUUGCAUCACUCCUCCCAUUCCACAUGAAUAAGCACUAAAUGUAUGUUUAUGCACACAUACACACACACCAUUCUCAGGACACAAUCAUGUUUAUGUCACACACACAUAUAGUCACACAUAUGUAUACUUCCUCUCUAUAUUGAUGUUUGUAUGAAGUUACUGUUGUUUACUCUAAAUGAAUAAUUUAAAAAUCUAAUUUUUAAUAAAGUAUAUAUAUAUAUAAAAAACUUCUUUAAUGGUGUUUUCUUGUGUUUCUCCAGAGUCUUGUUUUAGGCAAAUAUUGCACAUAAAACAAAAGUGGCAUUCUAUAAUUGAAACAAAUGAUUUGUCUUUAAUAUAUAUAACAUACUGUAUAUCGUUUUGCUUAACUUGCUGUGCUGUAUUAAUUUUCUAAACACAGUAUAAUGUGUGUGUACAGCAUAAUGUAACUUUUGAAAAAGCCCAGUGGAACAGUCCAGAUAUCCCAGCAUGCCUUUGCAAGUGGCAGUUUUGCAUUAGCUAGCAUAAGAGGCUGACGUAGAGAGUGUGAGAAAAUGUUGUUCGUCUAUAAAUAGAUACAGAUGUUUGCUAACCAUGAGCUGAAUACUAAAAAUGGAUGGAUACAGUAUUCAAAUAACAUUUUGACACACAGGACAAAAUUCCUUAUAAGAGAGUCCAUGAUGUCUAGAGGGUCUGCCAAUUAUUAUUUGAUUUCAAACUAAUUUUGUAUAAAUAAAUAAAAAAUUCAUGGAUACUGAUCUUAGUCACAUUGUUUCACUUUAAUUUAAAUCUAUCAAAUAGUUUAUUUUCAAUAAACUGUUCAUCUGAAUCUCUGUUAUAGUUCAAUGUUUGCAUUUGCUGCCAUUACCUUUUAAUAGGUCAAUCAGAAU